AUGGUACUGGGCGCCAAAAGCUCGGCUGUCACCCUGCUGCAGUUUGUGAAACUGGCCGACAAGUUUGAAAACGUCAAGAACAAUCAAAUGCGCCUCGAUGCGUAUGAAUUACUUGCUGCCGAACUCUCCUUGGGGGUGGAUCAACUACACGAGUUGAAGAAAAAGUGGUUUAAACCAAAGGUCAAGGCGACUGAAAAUGGUUCGGCUGGGUACCAACUUCGUUACUCACACUCGCUGUUGUCGUCCGACCCUGACGUUGAUUUCGAUGACGAGGCUUCCACAGGCUUGGACGUCGGUAGCGAUUCGGACAGUGUCAUGGGUACAGACUCCGACAUUGCCCCCUCGCAGACGAGAAAUGCAAAGCCAUCAACUGUAGUGCCCACGAACAUCGAAAAGAAGCUAUUAUGUGCGAAAAAGUCGUCAAAAUUUCACACGAAUCAAGCGUCCCACGCUACAGCCCUACUUCAAGGCCUUCAAGCAGUUGGCAAUGGGCUUGAAAGCAUCGGGUCGUCGUUUGGAAAACAACCUGCCGCCGGUGGCAUGAGCAACAAGAUAUAG